AUUCACGGGCUGGAGGCGGAGCCAUGCGGCCUUGAUCAUUGUGGCUGGUUGUCAACUUGUCAAUCACCUCGUAUAACCACUGUGGCGUAUCACCACGGCCCAUCUUUUUCACUCACUCUGCAAAUUGUUGAUGCACAGCUCGUAUUCAAAUAAUGAAUACAAGGUCUGGUAAAACGUGCAGUACCAUUGUUCCCAGCAGCGAUAUGCAAAAUACCAAAGUAAAACCAGGUGUUGUCGGGAGGAAGAGAAAGAAGUCAACAGCGCAAACUACACCUGUGGACCUUGCAGUGCACAUGGACAACGAUACUGGGGCAACUGUAGCUCCAACAGCAUAUUUAAAGACUAAGAAGAAGCAGCUAAAGCUUCAUGAGACCAAGAAGAAGAAGCAGCACACACUCACAGAAAAAAUCAAUGACCUGACUGAGGAAAGAGACUCCCUCCGCCAACAAGUUCAAAAUGAUGGUGGGACAAUUGGCACAUCUUCCUCGGCCAACCCGUCUCCUGUUGCAUCUUCUUUCUCUUCAUCCUCCAGUCCAACCAACUCCACAUCAUCUUCGUCAUCCAGCUCCUCUUCAUCCAGCUCCUCUUUAUCAUCUUCAUCCAGCUCCUCAUCCUUUUCAACUGAUUCCUCAGAUUCAGAGAAGAAGUUGAAGAAAAGACGCAAGAAGAAAAAGACGCACCACCACCAGAGUCUCAAGAAAAAGGACAAGAGAAAGAAAAAACUGAGGAAAAAAAGGCAACAUGGCAAGCAGAGAGCACGUCAUCCUAAAGAGGUCAUCAAGAGAUACAGAAAAGUCCUUAAGGCAUAUAAGAAAAAAAGAAAGUUGAGUGUGGCAUAUCGAAGGGUCGGUGUCGACAGAAACACCAUCGUCGCCAGUGCUCCCAUCUGUGAGCUGGCUGUUGUGGCACCAAAGAAAUACAAGGAGUUGCUGCUUGCUCAUACACCACAGCAACGACUGCAGGACUUUGCCAGAAAAUGUCAGGAGGUGUUGAUUAAUGAUUCAAACCUUUUGAGGGAUGUUGAACAUCAAAAGAAAAAGGGGAAACUGCUUCCUCUGUCUAAGAAAACUUAGUGUUGUUUUACUGUGUGAUGGUGCCCUAGAGCAGUUCAGUUGUGGCUCGGGUCAAGUUCAUUUAGUAUAGCGGGUCCAAGUUGUGGAUAUGUUCAUAUCAGUAAUGCCAAUGGCUUUAUUUUGAUUUACUUUUUUUCUCAUGUCCUGCACAAAAAGUGCCCAAACUCCAAGAGUUUGUAUACUGUUGUAUACUGCUGUUCUGCCAUGUGAGGGCUCAGUAUGUUUGUUUUUAUACAUUAAAGACAAUGUUCAACAAGUUGUCUGUUUUAUGUCUUUGCUAAUAAAUAGUACACAUGAAAGUCUAUGGGUGGAAGAAGGUUGAGAUACAAAAAUGUGACAUUUUAAAUAUCACAUAAAAUUUCUGUACCUUGAACUUGUUUCUCCCAUUUUCUGUUCUACAAAGUUUCACUGGUAUUAGUAGAUGGUUCACAAAUUAUUAACAAGUGACUUAUAAAGGUUGAAUUAAUGUAGUAGUUAAUUAUUAGUUACAAGCUUAUGAAUGUUAUUGAAACGUUAUUCUAAAGUUGCAGCUAUUCCUCAUUUACCAGCAGUUAAUAAAUGAGGAAUAGUUGCAACUUUAGAAUAACGUCCCAAUAACAUAAAUAAACUAUUAACUGAUACUUAACAAGGCAUUAGUAAGUAAUUCACUAACAGUUUAUUAAUGGUUUAUUAACUAUCUAUUAGGCAUAGUUAUAAAUCCUUAGCAAAUUAUUAACAAACACUUAACAAGUGAUUAAUAAGUCAUUAAUUAACAGUUUACAAU